ACAUGGACAGGAUGGCCCGCCGGAGCUCCACCACCACCGCCACCGCCUCCUCCCUCCUCCUCCACCUCCUCGGCCUCCUGUCUAUAAUCCUCCUCCACCCAACCACAACCUCCUCCGCCAUCCGCCUCCAGAAACCGAUCACCACCGCCGCCGCCUCCGUCGUCGUCCCUUCCUUCCGGGAAGCUCCGGCGUUCCGCAACGGCGGCACGUGCACGUCGGAUGACGUAAUCCACAUAGUGAUGCCGCUCGACGGAAACUACAUCAGGGGAACAAUGGCCGCCGUGCUGUCGAUCCUGCAGCAUUCGACCUGCCCGGAGAACGUUUCGUUCCAUUUUCUCUCCGUCCACCUCGACCCGGAGAUCUCGUCGCUGAUAAAUUCCACGUUCCCGUUUCUGAAAUUCCGGGCGUACGAGUUCGACCCGACCCGGGUCCGGGACAAGAUAUCCAAGUCGAUCCGGCAGGCGCUGGACCAGCCGCUGAACUACGCCCGCAUCUACAUGGCGGACAUACUCCCCGGCGACGUCCGCCGCGUCAUCUACCUCGACUCCGACGUCGUCGUCGUCGACGACAUCGCCAAGCUCUGGUGCGCCGACCUCGCCGGCGAGGUCCUCGCCGCGCCGGAGUACUGCCACGCCAACUUCACCAGCUACUUCACCGAGGCGUUCUGGUCCGACCCGGCCCUCGCCGCCGCGUUCCAGGGCCGACGCCCCUGCUACUUCAACACCGGCGUCAUGGUCGUCGACGUUGACCGGUGGAGGAGCGGCGGGUACACACAGAAGGUGGAGGAGUGGAUGGCGGUGCAGAAACAAAAAAGAAUAUACCACCUCGGAUCCUCAGA